AUGACGGACCCGAGACUGAUUGACAUGGAACCUGGUGGAGAAAGCACUCAAUACGAGUCAAUUCGCCAAUAUACUAUCAGUCCAUCUAAGCAGACUGGUCAAUUGGGUAUAGGCCAACAACAUACCAAAAGCGAAGUGAGCCAUCCUCUGGGAACUGAUACUCCAAACUCUCAACAAAAAGAGGAGCUCCAAGCACAGAGAUUGGGCAUGGGGGUAUUAAAGCCAAGCACAGCACUUGACGAGGACGAUGCAGAGGCCAAGGCCCGCAGACAGCAGGGGUAUGGGCCUGGGUCCGGAGUGGGCGCUUAG